UGAAAUGGCUUCGAAAUUGGCUGUAUACGACACUGGUUAUGAAGAUCAACGAUUCGAACAUAUAGUCAGCCAGAGUUUUCACUGUAUUAUUUGCACCAGUGUUCUCAAAGAUGCAGUCAUGUGUUCUGAAAAUGAACAUUUGUUCUGUCGGGCUUGUAUCACCAGACAUCUCAUGAACUUUCAGACAUGCCCGACAUGCAUGGAACCACUCACUGUCGACACACUAAGCCAAGCACCUCGGGGUAUAAGAAACUUGCUGGCCGAAUUGAAAAUUCGAUGUGAAUUCUUCGAUCGUGGUUGUGGAAAGUUUAUUGAGCUGGGAGAUCUUGAAAGGCAUGUUACAGAAUGCGGUUUCGCCCCAGCAGUCUGCUCUAACGAAGGAUGUCAACUUGAGGUGAAUAAACAAGAUUUACUUCAUCAUGAAACGUCUGUGUGUGAACUACGCAGAGUUCAGUGUCACAGCUGCAACGAAAUUAGACAAGAGACGGAUACAGUGAAAGUCAACUUGGCAGAAAUAAAUGAAAAGUUGGACAGAAAUGAGGAAAAGCUGACCAAAGUUGAACUGCUUCAAGAACAACUUAACAAGCAGGAAGAAAGCAAUCGUCGGCUUGAAACGGACAAUAUAGAAAUAAAGAAAAGUUUAAACGAAAUUACAAAACUGCUACAAACAUUGACACAACAAACAUCGCAUGAAGUUGAGGCUGAGCAAAUGAAAAAAGGAAUCAUAGAAGCUGAUGGAAUGAACAGAGAGCCGAUGAUUGUUAUCGCUAAGCGUGAGGAUGAGGGUAGAAAUUUAAAUAAUUCUUUGGAAACGUUCAGCCAAUCAACAGAUGACGAAAAUAUUGAAUCACAGGACGACUUGGAUGUGGAUCAAAUUUGUAGAUCCUCACCUGAGGAAAGUCUUUCACCCCUUGUAUCAUCAAUUCCAAUUGUAGAGCCAUACACGUUUGACAAAAUCCAAAGACCAGAAUUAGAUAUUAGAUCUAGACCAGGAGCCAGUUACCCCAUACAUGAAGCAUCUACCUUCAUCCCAGAUACCCAACGAUAUAGAUAUCCUCUCAGACCUUCUUCCCAGGAUCAUUCAACAUAUACGCCAACAGGACAGGCUGGACAGCUACAUUAUUAUACUCCGCCCAUACAACCAGCAUUCCCUCUCCCGCCGUUUCGUAUGGCAACGCCAACUAACCGGCUACCGGAGCAACCUGUACAUAGAGUGCGCCUGCCAUCAUCAUUCUUUCCAGAACCUGUAAUACAGGAUACCACCAUGCAAGCCACCAAACCUCAGGCCCGGAACCGACGGCAAAGACGCCGGCGAAACAAAAAAAGCCCAUGUACAUAA